AUGUUUGGAUUCGACGAGGCCAGGGACAAGCGCGACAAGCUGUACGACGGCGGCGAGGAGCACCAGUCAUCCUUCAGCCACGAGCUGAUCGGCGGCGGCGCCGGCUUCGAGGCCAUGAAGCUGUUUGAGGACCGCCAGCGCAACCAGGGCGAGCCGGUCAAACACGCCCUCGCUAAGGAGAUGCUGGCCGGCAUCGCCGGCGCCGAGGUCGACAAGCUGUUCGAGACCAAGGGCCUCGACGCCUACGACCGCGAGAAGGCCAAGCACCACGCCAAGAAGCAGGCCGAGGAGCUGUACGACCAACAGUACGGUGGACAGGGUGACGAGUUCGACCCGAACAGCGAACGCCCGAACUACUAA